GGACGCAGAUUGCCGAGUAGUCGAUGUUUCCGGGGCCUGCUGUCUGCCGCCGGCAACACGUCUGCAUGGUGUCCCGAUGGGCAGCGGCGGCAGCAGCAGCCAGAGAAAAUGACGGACUACGGAGAGGAGCAGCGGAACGAGCUGGAAGCCAUCGAGUCCAUUUAUCCGGACUCCUUCAAAGUCCUUUCUGAACAUCCCAGCACGUUCACCAUCACGGUCACUUCGGAUGCCGGGGAAAAUGAGGACACCAUUGAAGUUACCCUCAAGUUCAUCUAUGUGGAAAAAUACCCAGAUGAGCCUCCGUUGUAUGAGAUUGUCUCCCAGGACAACCUUGAGGACAGCGAUGUGGAAGGGAUCCUAACACUACUGCAGCAGCAGGCGGAGGAGAACCUGGGCAUGGUGAUGGUAUUCACCCUGGUGACCGCUGUGCAGGAGAGGCUGAACGAAAUAGUGGAUCAGAUCAAGAGCCGACGAGAGGAGGAGAAAAGGAAAAAGGAGAAAGAAGCAGAGGAAGCAGAGAAGGUAGCGUUCCAAGGCACAGUUGUCACCAUUGAGAACUUUCUUUCCUGGAAAGCAAAAUUUGAGCAAGAAAUGGCUGAGAUUAAGAGGAAGAAACAAAAAGAGGAGGAACAGUCAGGGAAGAAUAAACUGACAGGAAAACAGUUAUUUGAAAGAGACCAUAACCUUGAUACAUCUGACAUACAGUUCCUGGAAGAUGCUGGGAACAAUGUGGAAGUAGACGAGUCACUGUUUCAAGAUUUGGAUGAUUUAGACCUGGAUGAGGAUGACCCAGAUUUUGACCCUGUGGACUUAGAGAGUGAUGAUGAUUAAGAGUAAAGGGCCGGACCUGGUUCUGUAGGACUGUCCAGCUGCCUUCUAUUAGCUGGAUUGGUGAAGAUGUGCAUUUUUGAGUCGGCAGGAACUGAGAAAUGAAUACAACCACAUUAAAUUCUGAGGAAAUCCUGAAGCUGGCUAUUUUUCUUUUGCGUUUGUAAGCCACAAAGCGAAAAAUGCUCCAGAUGAGUUCCAAAGUGGCGCUGCAUGGGAGAAUUACUGUAGUUAGCACCAUUUCUUGGAGGCUGUCUCAGAGAAGGUCCAUCAGCUGCAAGUGUUUUGAAGGAACAGCAAAGGACAGCACUGCUUUGGCUGUGAAUGUACUGUCACACCCCCAGUUUUGAUUAAAUUCUUUGA